AGAUAACAAAGAUCGAAUAAAGAGAAAUUGAAAGAAUAAACAUAUGGGAUGCAAUUUAGCGUACCUUGAAUCUUCCGGUUUCAGCAAGAUGGUGAAGGCCAUUCAACGUCUGAAACUGGAGGAGAUCAUUUGGCUUUGAAAAUUGAUGAACCGAGGACGAUGAACUGCAGCUAGGCAUGGUGGUCAUCUGGUUUCGUUCUUCCGUUCCCCUCUCCCCAUUUUUUUACCACGCAUUGGCUUUUACUUAGGAUUUGAGUGUUUUGAAAAAAUCCAAGAGCCGUCUCCAUCUCCAGGCCAGCGUCUCCAAUUCGUGAACCAGUCGCCGCCGCCUUCAUCAUUCAGAGUCGAAGAAAUAGCAGCGCCUUGCCCCUUCCAUCAAUUUUCCGCUCAGAGUCUGUCAGGCCAUUCAAGCGGGAUCGAUUCAGUUAACUUUGAUUCAUCUGAAAUUUUGGUAGCUGCUGGAGCAGCAAGUGGCACUAUCAAGCUUUGGGAUUUAGAGGAGGCCAAUAUUGUCCGAACUCUCACUGGACAUUGCUCCAAUUGUAUAUCCCUGGACUUCCAUCCCUUUGGAGAAUUCUUUGCAUCUGGUUCUAGACACAAAUCUCAAGAUAUGGGAUAUCAGAAGAAAAGGUUGCAUCCACACAUACAAGGGUCACACUAGAGGCAUUAAUGCCAUCAGGUUCACACCAGAUGGCAGGUGGGUUGUAUCGGGCGGAGAAGACAAUACUGUGAAGCUGUGGGAUGAUGAUGGUGAUACACUGAUGGAAAUUGUUGAAGAAGCUGAAAGACGGGAGCUUGAGCUUAAUACAGGAAAUGUGGGAACACGGAAUGCAGUUACUGAUGAAAUUUCUCAUGAAUAUAUGGAUACAGGAAAAACUCCUGAGAAGUCUCCAAAUUGUUUGAACGAGGAUUCAGCUUUGCAUAAUCUCAGUAUAGUUCCAUGUGAUAUUCUGUCUCCAACACUUAUUGUUUCACCAAGGGUUAACACAGGCAGUAGGAAGAGUCUUAAGACAACAUCAAUGCUGACUGGCUCCGAAAAGAAUCUCAUAGAAAAUUAGUUGGAUGCCCCACAUGCUCCCUUAGCAAAGCUCUCAAACAGAACUUGCUUGAAUUAUCAGUCCAAACAAGGUAGAAAUUGUUUCAAGACACAAGAGCAUUUGGCUGCAAGUUGUGGACCAAACUCUAAAGAUGAUGUUAUUAGCAGCAGUGGAAUAAGAAACGGAUCCCAAGAUUCAAUGCCUGAUGAAGACGCGCCGUUGAUUCCAACAGCUAGAACCUCUCAUUUUGGAUGAAGACAACUUGGAGACGGUAGCGGCCACUCUACUAGACGUGUUUGACACACUGCAAGCUUUGUUUUGUUCGAUAGUAGAAAAAUAUAAGAAACUAAGUUGAGGAUUGAGACCAUCAGAUGUAUACCCUUUUUUUUGCAAAAAGAAAUUUUAAUGUUUUUAUUGCAAAGCCUCUUAACUGCCCACUUCAUAUUGUGAGUUAUUGUACUGUAAAUUUUUAAUCAAUGUUACCUAUAGAA